AUGCGGCGCCAGCGGCUGGUCGCGGCGCUGCUGUGGCUGAGCGCCGCGGCGGCGGCCGUCGCUCUGCUCGCGGUCCUCCGGGCCCGCUCCUGCGCCACCCGCGCCGCCGCGCCCGCCGCCCUCCUGCGUGGCGGAUCCGCGGCGCCAGCGAUGCUCGACGGUGCCUCUGCCAACUGCUCUAACAACACGUGCCCCACGCCGGCUCUACUCACUGGCCUUCAGCAGGGGGCGGGCUCGUGGCCGCCGCUGGCGGAGGCGCGGCUGCGCUGCCUGUCGGGCGUGGUGACGGCGGUGCCGGGCGGCCGGCUGGCGAACCGCGUGCUGGAGUAUGCGUCCGCGUGGUCGCUGGGCCGGCGCCACGGCCUGCGCCUCGCGCUGCCCGCCGGCGUGCUGCAGCCGCUGCGAGGGCUCUUCCGCAACCUCAGCGCCGCGCCGCUCAAGGCGCUGCUGGGCCGGCCUCCCUGCAGGGGCAGCGGGCUCUCCGAGCUGAUGGUGCUUCGCCACUCAGCCUCUGAUGCUCAACUGUACCCUGUGAAGCGAUACGUCUCAUGGGCGGCCAGACACAGCCAACCAGUCGUUCUCAGGAAAUGGAUCGUGUUGACGGAGACCAUAGUGGAGAUGUCCGGGAGGUUGCGGGAGGAAUUCCAGUAUAAGGAAGAGCUUGCUCGAGCCGCAGCAGAGACGCUGUCCAACGUGAAGCGCGAAAUGGCUCUCAAGGCGGGUCCCAAGUAUUCCAAGGGUUCUGUUCCUACUGCGCAGGUGCUGGCUGUGGGGAUGCACGUACGACGGACGGACUACGUUGCGUUUUUGCGCUACAAAUACAACGCGACGCGCGGCGCGGGACUCGGCUACUACCGGCGGGCGGCAGCGCGCAUGCGCAAGUUGCUACAGCCUGAAGGGGCCGCACUUGCCUUCGUUGUGACCAGCGACGACACGCGGUGGUGCGACAGAGUUCUCCUGCCGGCGCUGCGCAACGACUUCAAGGUUGGUGUCCCUGUGACUGGUGCCUUCCUGGUGUCAUGGGGUGGAGUACAUGCACCAGACCGUGACCUUGCACUGCUGUCUUCAGUUGACCACUCAGUGAUUGCGUACGGCACCUAUGGCACCUGGGGAGCACUCAUGGCCGGUGGUCGCACUAUUGUGUUUGAUAUGGCUGCUGCCAAUCCGGACAUGCCGCCUGGCAUGAGCACUGGAGCCAUGCACUUCGCGCGCCGCCUACCUUCCUGGGAAAUGCUCACCUAG